AUGAGGAGGCCAAUCACGGUGACGAUCAUCCUCACUAUCAUCAUUCCCUACGCCAGCCAGGAACAUCCAAGCUCCACGUCCUGCAAGCUGCGGACGAGGUGUGGGAGUUCUAGACUGAAAGUCAAGUCCAUGGAUGUUUCGCGGCUGAGCUUGCGAGGAGGGUCAUCAGAUCUGGACGAUGAGAUCGAGUCGAUCAUCGACAACAACGCCAUGAUUGAGAGAGAAACAGAGCAGGGAAGUGCCGAAGAUGCAGGGAAGGAGAAGCGAAAGACCCCGGCAAGGAAGAAACGGCAUCCUCUCCCUAAUACUGCUGAGCUCUUCCGAGAGAUCUCCGGGAACAUCAUCCUCUUCAGUGAUUUCCCCGGCAAGCAUGCCACCAAGGACACCCAGUACGGGUGGAAGUCAGACAGAUAUCUUAUGGCCUCGGACCCCAACGUGACUCUGUUCAAUGAGGACAGGAUGGUCCCCUUUGACGAUGAGCCGUUCAACUGGAUGCAAACCUUCGACGAGCGGUACAACGAGACGUGGAACGUGAGUGAAUGGAGCAGGGACAUAGAGGUCGACGAGGACGGAGAUAUGAUCACAGAUCACGUUGUCCUCUCGGUUCUCCAUGGGGUUCAGAUCAACGACAAGGCCAUCUACAUCAACAUGAGCAACUCACACUGGAAGCCUCCAAAAGGUUGGAAGAGGAUGUCACCUGACCAGAGUGACUACCAAGACCCUCCUCCCAUCUACUACGAGCCCGUGGACUACGCGUACAUCACCUGGUCACAACCGAAGCAGCAGGGCACCAGCCGGUGGAUCAUCCACAUCGACUGCUCCAACGGCCCUCUUUUCCUCGGGGUGAUGAAGAAGCCGGCAACCGCCCCGAAGGUUCAUCCGGAGGAGCUCAAGACGCGGGCCUGGGGGAUAUCGGAAGGAGGGUUCCUGCAGAUCACCGUCAACUCGCAAGCUCCCUUCGCCUUCUUCGGAGUAGACAGAGACGUUGUUCCCUUCUACUGUACCAAAACACCCGGCGACUCCAUCCGGCUGCUCAACGUCACUCAGGGUCUCCUGCAAAUACCCAUGAGCCUCCGCAACGAUGUGAUCGCGAGAUGGAGCAUCAAGCGCUGUGUUGUGCAGGAGAAGGGCAGCAACGAGUCCAAGAGCUAUGAGUUCUGGCCAGGGGGGAGGAUCAAGAUGGAUGUGGAGGAGGAGGAAGCGGAGCUGGAGAAGAUCUUUGAAGACAUGGCAGAUGACAAAGUGCUGGAGGAUUUCGAGAACGCCUUCGCCGAGUACAACAAGGAGAUCAAGAUUCCGGUCCCAUGA